GGGAAGUAUGUUGGUGUUGCGAAAAAUUGUUCCCAUUACAUGAAGAGUAAAUAAAUGCAUUUGUGAAAUGUGAUAAUUAAGGAUUGUUGAAAAUAUAUAUUAUUUAAAAAAAAUCAUUAUCAUGUAACUAAACACCAUUAGGAAAUAUGGGAUGUACUGACCGCAGCAAUGUUUGCAAAUAACUGUUCGUUGCCAGGUUCCUUUUAAUUGGAUAUGCCAUAUGAUGAACAGUGGAACUAGCCAAAUAUGGCGUCGCAGAACUGGUACAGCAUGGAUUCGUGUUGGAUUAAUUGUUUUUAUAGUGUUUUUUAUAUGGCUUCAAUUGAAUUUCCUAAGUUUCGGUGGAUCUACACCACCAUACAUAGAAGUAAAUGACUCAAACGCAGCAAUACUUAGUAUGGUACCAGCAGUUCUACACAAAUUUUUAUCACCUAAGCCGAGAAAUUUUACCAGUGCCAUAAGUUUAAAUGGGACACCAUACAAUAAUUAUAUUUAUAAAUAUGCGCCUAAUAUCUCUGAUAUUAAACGAAGUAUUGCACAAUAUAACUUGCAGCAAGUAGUUUACAACGAAAACAUCUUUGGGCCCCUGCAAAGUGACUCUGUCGUUAUUGUUAUACAGAUACAUGAUCGCAUUACAUACCUGCGUCAUUUAAUUGUAAGCCUGGCCCAAGCACGUGGUAUAUCUCAGACACUGCUUGUAUUUUCACACGAUUAUUACGAUGAAGAAAUGAAUAGCUUAGUACAAAGCGUAGACUUUUGCAAAGUUAUACAAAUAUUUUAUCCUUAUUCCAUACAAACCCAUCCACAUGAAUUUCCAGGUGAAGAUCCUGGAGAUUGUCCCCGUGACAUGAAGCGUGAACAGGCAAUGUUAAAGAAAUGCAAUAAUGCAUUAUAUCCCGAUCUGUAUGGUCAUUAUAGAGAAGCAAAAUUCACACAAACGAAGCAUCACUGGUGGUGGAAGGCGAACCGUGUUUUCAAUCAAUUAGAAGUAACAAGAAAUCACACUGGAUUAGUUGUAUUUUUGGAAGAAGAUCACUAUGUUGCUGAAGAUUUUAUACACAUUUUAAAAUUAAUGGAGAGACGUUGCAAUGAAUCGUGUAAACACUGCAACAUAUUAUCUCUAGGCACUUAUUUAAAAACAUAUAAUUAUUAUGGAGAUUCCAAAAAGAAAGAGGCUUUGCGCGCUAUUAAACAACAGUUUAUAAAAAAUGUGGGGCAAGUUCAUCCAUCCUGGACAUUUCAAGUGCUGCCAUCCUUAUAUCAGCACUCACAAAAGGUUGAAAUAACGCCUUGGAUAAGUAGCAAGCAUAAUAUGGGAAUGGCUUUUAAUCGUACGACAUGGAUGCAAAUCAUUGAAUGCGCCACCUACUUCUGUAAAUAUGACGACUACAACUGGGACUGGUCUCUGCAGCACAUAUCCCAAAAUUGCUUGAAACAAAAAUUACAUGCUAUGGUUGCCCGAGGUCCUAGAGUCUUCCAUAUUGGAGAAUGCGGUGUGCAUCAUAAAAAGAACAACUGUGAAUCAACAUCAGUAAUCUCGAAGGUUCAACAAGUGCUUAAAUCAGCGAAAAGACAUUUAUAUCCAGACAAUUUGAUAUUAACCUAUACAACUAUAUUAAAAAAGACUAAACUUAGGAAAGGAAAUGGGGGUUGGGGUGAUAGGAGGGAUCAUAAAUUAUGUAUGGGUAUGACUAUAAGGUAGUCAUUUUACUUCGUGAUUCUUUUAAUAAUAAAAUUAUUUUAUAGGAAAAAAAAAGUAUCUUAAUAGUAAGACGAAAAAAAUCAAAUUAUUUAUUUCAUUAUGAGACUGCUGAAGUGUAAUCGUAUUAUUUAAUAUCUACUAUUACAACAUUAAAUUGUUUUAAUAAUUUUUAGCUAUAGUAUUAACUCGAACAUUGUUUUUUUCAAUAUAUUUUGCACUUGCAGCACUAAAAAUGUAUGUGAACAUAGAAAAAGAGCACAAACUCUAGUUCUAAUAAGUAAUUGUACAAAUACAAUUUUCUGUGUAUAAAAGUACCCUAACGUAUGUUAGGUGUCAUCUUUGUCUCGAAACUUGAUAGACCCAUUGGCCUAAUUUACUUCAAAUACUCGAUUAAAUCCUCAAUUUUACAUUACUCGAAUAUUUUUCAUUUAACGGAGUACAGUUAUUAUACUAACUGCAGGUAUGAAUUUUCUCAAUUUUUUCUUUUGUCUCGUUGAAUAAAAUAGAUAUGAAUUACAUUUAAGGUCAGCCAACUUAAAACCAAAAAUUUUAGUUGGCAAAGGGAAAAUUGGUGCCAUGUUCAUAAAACAUUAAUUAUAUUGCAACGAAAAUGUACAGUGCAUUUUUUAUGAUUAAUUUUUUUCAGUAUUUAUUCAACACGAUUCGAUUUUUCCCCCUUUAUUAUAUAAAAUACUGACGGUGUAAUUAUUGUGUAUUUUUAUUUUUUUUAUUGCAAUUUUAAAACAUCUAGUCGAUUUUUGGUGCAACACAAAGAGAGAAAGACGAAGUGCAUAUUUUAAUAUUAGUUCAGCGGUAUUUAAAGGGUGCCAAUUUUGAGCCCAAUACGUCCAUCUUAGAAAAGUGUACUGUCCUCCUUCUUUAGUAUGCUUAUUACAAAUAUGACCUCCGUUUUGCUGUAAAUUGAGCCGUUUCAGAAAUAGAGAAAAAACAGAACGCACGCACUAUAACGGAAAAGCGACUCGCAGGAGGCAUGAUAUUUUCUGUAUAUUAUAGAUUUAGACAAGGCAAGUCCAGAAGCCAUUCAUGGCUAGUGUCUUUGCUAGACCAAGUAUUACAACUUCGUACACUUUUCAAACUUGGACCUUGUAGGCCCAAAGUCCCGUAAGACUUUGGCACCUUUUUUUGGGCUAAUAUUUUUUAUUUUUAAUUCAAAUUUUCUUUCUCUUUUUGACCUACGUUCUCAAAAUGCAAACAGCUAAGUAAGCUAAGAGAUUUUAAAUGUACGUAAAAAUUCAUGUGAUUUUGAUUGCCAUAAUUUGUAAAAAGCUUUUACUUACCAGUCUUUUUUUCAAGUAUAUAUGAAUGCGUUAGAUAUUUAAUUUCAUACAUAUAAGUAUUAUAUUUUGUAUCAAGAAAUGUUACAUUUUCAAAAUAUUUGUUUCUUUAAUGUAUUGAUUAUUGACCUUAUACUUUUUUUAUUAUGUUUAACCAUACAUCAGAUAUUUUCUAUUACCCAAUCAAUUGUUAUUGUUACGUUUGUUUUUUAAAUACAUUUUUA